UCUUCUGGGAUCCGAGGCCCGAGAGAGGGAGGCGAACCCGGCGCAGAGAGAGGACCGGCUCCGGGACGGAGGUAUGGUGUGAACAUGCGUUGCUUGGCAGCUCGUGUCAACUAUAAGACACUCAUCUUCAUUUGCUCUCUCUUCACAUUGGUGACUGUCUUACUGUGGAACAAAUGCAAUGACCAUCAGUCUACCCUGCCAUGGGGGCCACAAUCAGGCCUGCGAGCUGACAGUCUAGAGAAGCGAGCAGCGGCCUCAGAAAGCAACGUUGCCAAUGGCCAACCCAGAUCUGAGGAGGCCUCUCCCCAGGAGCAGCAGAAGGCACCACCACUGGUGGGCAGUAAAGGCACAGGACCCAAGUAUGAGGAGAUAGACUGCGUGAUUAAUGAAGAUCAAACCAUUAGGUGCCGGAGAGAGGGCAGUGAGGUGUACAUGCCCUUCUCAUGGAUGGAGAAAUAUUUUGAGGUUUAUGGAAAGGUUGCCCAGUAUGAUGGAUUUGAGCGAUUUGAAUUUUCUCACAGCUACUCCAAAGUAUAUGCACAACGAGGCCCGUACCACUCUGAUGGGGUCUUCAUGUCAUUCGAGGGGUAUAAUGUUGAAGUCCGAGAUCGAGUGAAAUGCAUCAGCGGUGUAGAAGGGGUUCCCUUGUCUACUCAGUGGGGUCCACAGGGAUAUUUUUACCCAAUCCAGAUUGCCCAGUAUGGGCUAAGUCACUACAGCAAGAACUUGACAGAGAAGCCACCUCAUGUGGAGAUGUAUGAGAAGGCAGAUGAGAAAAAUGAAGGUGUACUUGGUACAUGGUCGGUGCCUAAGGGAGCUUCAGUGACCACAAUCUAUGAUAAGACGAAAGGGAGUCAUGUCAGGAAUUUUGUCGUUCCAGAAAAUUCAGAGGGAGCCUCAUUAACGUUGGGAAACACCAGAGACUUCAUUCUGUCUCUUGACUUGAAGUUCUUGACUAAUGGCAGCAUUUCCGUGGUGUUGGAGACCACCGAGAAGAACCAGCUGUUCACUAUUCACUAUGUGACCAAUACACAGCUCAUUGCUUUCCAUAACCAUGAUGUUUAUUAUGGGGUUGGGGCUCGGACAACCUGGAGCACACUAACCCGUGAUUUGUUGACGGACUUGAAGAAGGGAGUGGGACUGUCCAAUACCAAGGCUGUGCGUCAAACUAAGAUCAUGCCGAAGAAAGUUGUCCGCGUUGUGGUGAAGGGCAGCGGUUUCCUGGAUAAUGUCACAAUUUCCACCACUGCCCACACACCUGCUUUCUUUGCCGCCAGUGAUUGGUUGGUGAGGAAUCAGGACGCCAAAGGUGGCUGGCCAAUUAUGGUGACUCGAAAGCUGGGAGAGGGUUUUAAGGCUCUGGAACCAGGAUGGUACUCUGCCAUGGCACAGGGGCAGGCAAUCUCAACAUUGGUCCGUGCAUACCUGCUGACUAAAGAGCAGGUGUAUCUAGACUCAGCACUCAGAGCAACUGCUCCAUUUAAGUUGCCAUCAGAAAAGCAUGGGGUGAAAGCUGUAUUUAUGAACAAAUACGACUGGUAUGAGGAAUACCCUACGACACCUAGCUCCUUUGUGCUGAAUGGCUUCAUUUAUGCUCUGCUUGGUCUCUAUGACCUUAAAGAAACCGCUGGAGAAAAGCAGGGAAAAGAGGCACGGCUGCUAUACGAUCGGGGAUUGGAGUCACUUCGUGCCAUGUUGCCUCUUUAUGACACAGGUUCUGGAAGCAUCUAUGACUUAAGGCACUUCAUGCUAGGCACUGCCCCUAACCUUGCCCGCUGGGACUAUCACACUACCCACAUCAAUCAGCUGCAGCUCCUCGCCAGUAUGGAUGGGUCACCAAUAUUUAGGGACUUUGUCCGCCGUUGGAAGUCUUAUUUGAAGGGGGGUAGGGCCAAGCAUAACUAGAGAGGAAAUGGAAUACCAGCCAGAUCGAAAACUGUCAACAGCAUCGCAGAUGUCCAAGUUCAGCGCCCUUACUUCUAUUUUCUUAAUGCUUAGGGAAGAGGGUAGCUUGUUA